AUGAGACAACUGUUUUCGAGUGCAAAGGCUCUGUAUGAUGCAUCAUCUGAUGUACAGAUCUUGACUGAUGCUGAUUUCAGAACUCGUGUUUUACAAAGUGAUCAGUUGUGGCUGGUGGAGUUUUAUGCCCCCUGGUGUGGACAUUGCCAGAGGCUAGCACCGGAAUGGUCUAAAGCUGCAACUUCACUAAAGGGGAUAGUAAAUGUUGGAGCUGUUGACAUGGAUAAAUAUCCUUCUGUUGGGGCCCCAUACAAUAUAUUUGCAGCUGAUAAGAAUCACCCAAGCGAUUAUAAUGGAGCUAGAACUUCACAGGCUAUCGUUGAACAUGCAUUCAAUGCACUUCGAGAAAUGACACAAAAACGUGCUGGCGGUAGUAGUGGUGGUAGCGGUAGCAGCGGCGGUAGCGGCAGCAGCGGUGGUAGCAGCAGUGAUAGCAAUUCCUCGGGAUCGAACGAUGUAGUUGAAAUCACUGAUGGUAACUUCGAAGAAAAGAUUAUCAACAGCAAAGAGAUGUGGUUAGUAGAAUUUUAUGCUCCCUGGUGUGGGCAUUGUAAAAAUUUAGCUCCAGAAUGGGCUAGGGCUGCUACUCGUCUAAAAGGUAAAGUUAACCUGGCUGCGGUUGACGCUACAGCUAAUACUAUUGUGGCUAAUAAGUACGAGGUCAAAGGAUUUCCUACUAUUAAGUUCUUUCCUGGAGGCAAGAAAGACUUCAGCAGUGCUGAAGACUAUACUGGUGGUCGCACUGCAUCUGAUAUUGUCAAUUGGGCUGAAGAGAAAUAUGCUGAAAAUGCCGAACCCCCUGAGAUCAUAGAAUUAGUAAACGCAGAGGUGUUCGAUGAAACUUGUAAAAAUAAACAAUUAUGUGUAAUUUCCUUCUUGCCAAAUAUCUUGGACACUGGUGCUAGUGGACGAAAUAAAUUUCUUGAGCUGAUACAUGGACUUGGUGAUAAAUUUAAAAGAAAGCAAUGGGGUUGGUUAUGGUGCGCUGCUGGUACACAAUCCAAGUUGGAGAGCGCUGUUGGUGUUGGUGGAUAUGGCUAUCCAGCAAUGAUUGCGCUUAAUCCUCGGAAAAGUCUGUUUGCGGAAUUGAAGCUAGCAUUUAGUGAGCAGACUGUUAAUGAAUUUUUAAAAGAAUUAUCAUAUGGCCGUGGAUCAACUGCAGCCCUUCGUGGCGAAGGACUACCCGAAAUUUUGACAAUUGAUAGUUGGGAUGGCAAAGACGGCCAAUUGCCAGAAGAAGAAGAAUUUGAUUUAAGCGAACUAGGCAUAACUGUAAAUGCUGAUGAUAGUAAAGAUGAAUUGUAG